AUGACUUGUAUUCCAUACAGGAAGGAAAAUGUAGCUGCUGCUACUUUUCAUCCAACUCAACGAAUAUUAGCAUUACUAGUUGCACCUCCAUCUAUAAGUACAAUUGAAGUCUAUCGUAUACCUUUGAAUAAUGAUCCAAUUUCACUAAUUUGGUCAUAUAGAAUGAAUUAUCCUUCUUUUUGUUUGUGUUGGAGUCCUUGUGGUAAAUAUUUAUGUACUGGAGAUUUAAAUGGUACUCUAAUAAUACUGGAAUUAAGUGGAUCUGUAAGAAGUUCUAGCCAAAUACACAAGUUAAAAAGCAAAGUUAUUAGUUUAAACUGGAAGUUUUGCAAAAUUGAGAAGAAAAUAAGAGAAGAUAUCUCGAAGUUUGGGAUUUAUCCAAAAUUUCUAGAAGACUUACCAUGUAUUGAAUCAUAUCCACUGGGUACUAGAGGAGAAUGGACUUCAAUUAGAAGUAAGAGUGGAUAUAUAGAUCCUCCAACUUUACUUUCUGAAUUUUCUUCUGAAUCAUUUUAUGAAUAUUUAUCACUACUAUUUUCACUCGAUGAAUAUGGAGUUAUUUGGUGUAGUAUUGGAGGUCACACUCCACUUUGGAACUUAACACUUGGGAAAUGUAUCAAGGAAAUUGCAUCUAUAUAUAUACCAACAAAUUAUGAAUAUGUUAUUAUUGGGUAUUCAGAAAGUGAAGAUAAAAAGAAUAGAGAUUUUAAGAAAUACUCUAAUUCUUUAGAUAAACCAUCAUUGAAUGAAUCACCAAACUUUGAUGAAGAUAAGAAUAAGAUUAUAUCAUAUUAUACUAUAAAUUUAGUGAGUCUGAAGCAUUUUAAGUCUAAUUAUUUGAAUAUAACAAUAAUAUUUGCCUAUAACCAAUAUAUAAGACAGUUAUUAACCUUUCUUAAAUUAGUUUUUCAACAAUUAAACUCCGUAUGGAAAACAUCUGUAAAACCCCUUAAACAAUUAUUACAAAAUUUAUAUGAUGAGAAGAUACCAAUAGAUGAAAUAUCUAAGAUACUUAGAUCACUUUGGACUGGUAUCCCACUAAGUACUAAUGAAACUACAAGAGGUGAACUCAAUUUAAAUAUGAGUAUAGAUCAGCUUGUGAUGAUUGGACAGAAUAUCCAAGAUGGGCUAGAGUAUAUUAAAAAUAUGAUAGCAUUUACGAUUUACCCAACAUUAGAUUAUAUUAAAGUUUUAUGGGGAUUACUUCAAAGUGAAAAUAUUAUUCAAAAAUUAGACACUAAACUUGUAGAAAGUGAAAUUGAAAGAUUUAAUAAUAUAACAGCAAAUUUUGAGGAUAAUAUUCGUAUAGUAGUUCCAAUAACUCAUAUAUUUUUACAUUUAAUUAGUUGUAUAAGAUCAUAUUAUGAUGAGAAUGUGGAUAUUACGAAUGAUAAUGAUAAUGAUGGCAGUGAUAAUAAAGUUAUAUCAAUAAUAUCAUCAGAAGAUGCAAAAACUCUUAAAGAUACAUUUGGAAUUUCUACAAAUGGAUUAGAUGCACUUUUAGAUUACUUUGCAAAACAAGUAACAGACUAUAAAUCAUACCUUGAUGGGAAUAUUAAGGAUCUAUUUACUAAAACUUUGGAUAUAAUGAAUUUUAAGAAUAUCGAGAAUUAUUUUACAGAGAAUGAUAACUCAAUUGUUGGAUGCAGGACAAAACUAUCUUCACUUAUAGAUAAACUCUAUAAGUCAAUUUUUGAUACUAUUUCAUUAGAUUAUAUUAAGAAUAUGGCAAUGAUCAAACUUUCUAUUAAUCCAUUAUUAUUCUGUAACUUUUAUAGCAAAGAUUUCAUAGAUGUUAGCUUAGAUGCAAAUGGAGAUUUGGUAUUUUCCUUUUUUUUAUUUUCUGAAAAAACAAACAAUAUAUUUAUUAUGCAUUGUAUAUUGCAAAGUUCUAUCUAUUAUCAAGAUCAAUCUUCAGUUAAUCAGGAUUAUUUAAAAAACAUAUCACCUAAUAUGGAAUUUGACCUAUCAAUUCAAUUUACUAUAAAUAAUAACUAUAAAUCCUAUCCUUGGGAACCUAAAAUUUAUUAUUCACAAUGCUCUAUAGCUGAAAUGGUAAAUAGUACAACCAAUAAAAUUCAUUCUAUUAAGUGGUAUGGUAAUAAUGAUAUCCUUAUACUAUUAUCUAGUUCAAAGCUUAAUAAUAAUCAGAAUAUUUCAAACUUUGCUAAUUCUCAUGAUUUAUCAACAAAGAUCCUGCAUAUCAAUAUAAAAAAUUUUAAAUAUAAUUUACUACAUAACAUAAACCAAUCUAUAGUUGAAUACUGUAAAGGUCUAUCUGUUAAUAAUAAUUUGAUAAACUAUCAAUAUAAAUUAACUGGUAUAACGAAUGGAGAUAAUCUGGAGUCUUUAUCUUUCAUAUUACAAGAUGUAGGAAGAAUUACUAGAUACCAGAAGCAUAAACUAGUUUUUCCCCCUCAAACUAAUUUAAGGGGGAAUAAAUCUACUAUUCUAAAUUAUCAUGCCCUUGAAAAGGAGAGGUUCUAUAUUGUUUCAGAUCCUAGUACUGGACGCAUUGGUGUUGGAAUAUUCCAAAUACUUUAA